CGACCAAACCGAACCCCAAACCCCGGGAAGCCCCAAAUCCCCCAAACCCUAGGAUCCCCGGCCGCGGCCGCGAUGAUGCACAUGCUGGGAUUCCGUGGCUCCGCGUCCAAGGAGCGGGACCGCGGCCGCCGCGGCGGCGGGGAAGGCGGGGGCGAGGGGUCGCCGUCGGCGGCGGCGGCGACCCCGGGCUCGCCGUGGACCCCGUCGUCGUCCGUGUCCUCCCCGCGGUCGCCGUUCGCGGGGGGUGGUGGGAGCGGGGGCGGGGGCGGGGGCGGGAGGCCGCUGCGGCUGGUGUACUGCGACGAGCGGGGGAGGUUCCGGAUGGACCCGGAGGCGGUGGCCGCGCUGCAGCUCGUCAAGGGCCCCGUCGGGGUCGUCUCCGUCUGCGGCCGCGCCAGGCAGGGCAAGAGCUUCAUCCUUAACCAGCUUCUUGGUAGGAGCAGCGGAUUUCAAGUAGCAAGUACCCAUCGGCCCUGCACCAAGGGCCUUUGGAUGUGGAGUGCCCCAAUAAAAAGAACUGCACUUGAUGGAACUGAAUAUAGUCUUUUGCUUCUUGAUACUGAGGGCAUUGAUGCCUAUGAUCAGACAGGAACCUAUAGUAUCCAGAUAUUCUCACUCGCAGUCCUACUUUCAAGUAUGUUCAUAUAUAAUCAGAUGGGUGGUAUUGAUGAGGCAGCUCUUGAUCGACUUUCACUUGUUACUGAAAUGACCAAGCAUAUCCGUGUGAGGGCAAAUGGCGGGAAGUCUACUGCAUCGGAGCUCGGGCAAUUCUCACCUAUCUUCAUCUGGCUACUGAGGGAUUUCUACCUAGAUUUAGUUGAGAAUGACAGGAAGAUAACUCCAAGAGAUUAUCUUGAAAUUGCUCUGAGGCCUCUUGAAGGCCGAGGAAAGGAUAUAUCUUCAAAGAAUGAGAUCCGUGAGUCCAUCCGUGCCCUCUUUCCUGAUAGAGAAUGUUUCACACUGGUGCGCCCGUUGAACAGUGAAAAUGAACUUCAACGUCUUGAUCAAAUUCCCAUAGAGAAAUUGCGGCCUGAAUUUCAAGCAGGACUUGAUGAAUUAACAAGGUUCAUUUUAGAGAGGACAAGACCUAAACAAGUUGCUGGUAUGGUCAUGACUGGACCUGUACUUGCUGGUGUAACACAGUCUUUCUUGGAUGCAAUAAACAAUGGUGCUGUACCUACUAUAUCAUCUUCUUGGCAGAGUGUUGAAGAAGCAGAAUGCCGUAUAGCAUAUGAUUCUGCUGCAGAGGUUUAUGCUUCAGCUUUUGAUCGCACCAAACAAGCUGAUGAAGAUACUUUAAGGGAUGCACAUGAAGCUGCUUUAAGGAAGGCAUUUGAUGCAUAUAGUACUGCUGCUGUUGGAACUGGCACUUCCCGUAUGCAUUAUGAGAAAGUUCUAAACAACUUCUGCAGAAAAACAUUUCAGGAGUACAAAAGGAAUGCCUUUUUAGAAGCUGAUAAGCAGUGCUCAAACACGAUACAAAUUAUGGAGAGGAAACUCCGAGCAGCUUGUUCUGCUCCUGGAGUUAAAGUUUCUAGUGUGAUUCAGGUCCUGGAAAGUUUGCUCACUGAAUAUGAAACUUCUUGUUCUGGCCCAGGCAAAUGGAGAAUGCUUGCAUCCUUUUUAAGACAGUGUUUGGAAGGACCCAUAUUGGAUCUCUGCUUGAAGUUAAUAAAUGAAGCUGAAUCUGAGAGGACUUCCUUUGCACUGAGAUACCGUUCAAAUGAAGAUCAGCUGGACCUUCUAAAAAAGCAACUUGAAGCAAAUGAGGCUCAUAAAUCUGAAUAUCUAAAACGAUAUGAAGCUGCUAUAAGUGAAAAACAAAGAGUUUCUGAAGAUCACAGUGCACAUCUUGCAAACCUGAGGACCAAGUGUAGCACAUUGGAUGAACGCUGCUUGAGCUUAUCUAAAGAACUUGAUCUUGUACGCCAUGAAUGCACUGAUUGGAGAGUGAAGUAUGAGCAAUAUGUUACUCAGCAAAAGGCUGAGCAAGAUAGAUUCAUUUCUCAACUAGCAACUCUUGAGUCCAGAUAUAGCUCUGCAGAAGGAAAGUUGGGGGCAGCCCGUGAACAGGCAGCAGCUGCUCAAGACGAGGCCACAGAGUGGAGGCAUAAAUAUGAAACAGCUGCUGCACAAGCUAAAGCUGCAUUGGAGAGAUUAGCAUCUGUUCAAGAACAAAUUAACAAAAUUGCACAAGAAAGAGAAAGUGGUAUACGGGCUGAGUUUGCUGCACAUUUGGAGGAAAAGGAAGAAGAAAUGAAGAGAUUAGUUGCAAAGAUUAGACAUGCAGAGAGUGAAGAAAGUUUGUUGACUGAGCGCUUGCAGGUAGCGGAAUCAAAGGCGCAAAGCCAUAACAAGGAAACUGCAGUCUUGAAGGAUGAAAUUAGAGAGCUGACGAGCAAACUAGAAUUUCUAAGAGACAGGGCAGUAUCAUUUGAAAAGCAAGCAAGAAUGCUUGAACAGGAAAAGAACCAUCUUCAAGAGAAGUUCCUAUCUGAAUGCAAGAAAUAUGAUGAAGCAGAAGAAAGAUACAAAACUGCAGAAAAGGAAGCAAAGAGAGCUACUGGGUUUUCUGAUGUAGCUCGAAGUGAGGCCAUUACGGCCCAGAAAGAAAAGGAUGAGGCACAGCGGUUGUCAAUGGAAAAAUUAGCAGUGAUUGAAAGAAUUCAAAGACAAGUUGACAGACUGGAGCAGGAGAAAUUGAAUCUAUUAGAUGAAGUGCAGAAGAUGCGUAAAUCAGAAACAGAUGCCUUGUCCAAGGUUGCCUUGCUUGAGGGUAGGGUUGCUGAGAGGGAGAAAGAAAUUGAGGAUUUAAUGAUGCAGAGCAAUGAGCAGAGGUCCAGUACUGUGCACGUCCUUGAGAGUCUUUUGUCAACAGAGCGUGCAGCUAGAGCUGAAGCGAAUAAGCGUGCAGAAGCCUUGUCUUUACAGUUGCAAUCUACCCAAAGCAAACUUGAUGUACUCCACCAGGAGCUAACGUCAGUUCGCCUUGUUGAGACUGCGCUGGAUAGCAAGCUCCGAACCACCACUCAUGGCAAGAGGUUGAGAGAAAAUGAAGUAGGCAUGGAGUCGGUCCAAGAUAUGGACAUUGAUCGUCCGGAGAGGAGCAGAAAGAGAUCUAAAAGCAAUACUAGUCCGCUUAAGCAUUUCCAAUCUGAAGAUGGUGGUUCUGUUCAUAUGGGUGAAGAUAGUGUUACAGUUAGCACAGACACAAGAGAUGGCAAUCCAGAUGGGUAUAAGAAACUCACAAUUGCAAAGCUGAAAGAGGAGCUUACCAAGCAUGGAUUUGGAGCGCAGUUGCUAGAGCUGAAGAAUCCGAACAAGAAGGAUAUACUUGCACUCUACAAGAAGCUUGUUUUGGGCAAGUAAAUAGCCCCUCACAACCUUUGACCCUGCGCUUGUUUAGCUGUGUGAAGUUUGUGGAAGCGUUUCAAGUUUUCAGUGUGCAUUUACCCCUAACUAGCAUAUAGAGUAGCAUGCUACCUAGGUUAUAUAUUCAACCAAAGAGAUGCCUGAUUGUUUACGGCAUUUGGUGGCCC